AUGGUGGCGGAGCCCGCGGUUCGCCCACGGGUCCCAGUGCACGUGGCCGAAUCUACGAAGCAGUCGGCUCGCUGCAGUGGCUGCGGCGGCUGCCGCGACGUCUCCACCGACCCUUGGUGUCGCGGCUGCCGCGGGUUCGAUGUGGCGUUGCCCGAGUUCCGAGACGCGUGGUGCAACCUGAGCACGAACCGAUUCGCGGAACCCUGGUACAACUUGAGCACGAGGCACACGGACAC